CCGUUUUCUGUGCUGAGACUGGUUCUGUGUUUAAAGUUAUGAAUUUAUUUUUUGUUGUGUUAAUAACGACGUUAUUCAUAGAUCAUGGUGCGUCUAAACAAACUUUUAACAAAGAACUUGAGAACACAAAAAAACAUACAGAAUGUAUUGACAUAUUGAAAGAAGAUUUAAUGUCCCAUCAUUGGUCUGAAGAUGAGAAACCUUGUUUGGAUGAAAUAAUUAAAACAAUUAUUAAUAUUAAAAAUUCUACACUUUGGGCAACAUGGAUUUGGGACAGUAAUCAAUUACCAGUCGGUCAACUAAUGGGUUCGAAGCACCAUCUUGGUAACUACGAUCAAUGCAUAAGUGACUUAAUUGGGAACUCCUCUCCACCGUUCCGUACCAAAUAUUGUUUAGCGGAUAUAGUACUGCAUUCUAAUAAGGAACUGAAAUUCAAGGCACAGGAAAUUGACCCUUAUGGACAUACGGAAGAACAUAUAAACAUGAAAACAGAAUGGAAUCAACGUUUUAAUGUGAUAAUAUGGGGUGUCUGCGUGCCACAAAAGUGUCGAAAAAAUUCAGUGAAAAAAAUCUUACAGACUCUAAUGGGACAGAGUUAUUUAGGUAAAUUGAAAUUACAACCAGAAAUAAAUAUAGAGAACUGUGAAAUUGCAGGCGAAGCGAAGAAGCAUAUUGAUGGAUUUUAUAUUAUAAUGUUUGCGGCAUUUAUAUUGAUAGGAGUUGUUAUUUUAUGCACAAAAUACAUAUCGAAACAACAGAGAAUAAAGUCUGGACUAAGUAAGUACGAAGUUUUGGAACGAAGUUCCUUAUCUCGUUCACAGCCUGUUAUUUAA